AAGACAUCAAAAGGCCCAUGAACCUACUGAACCUCCCUUGUCAGUAGCCGGCACUUUCUCUGCCGCUGCUCCGCCCUCCCGCCUCCACCGACGGCGACCUCGCUUCUCUACGGCCGGCUGCCAACCCAACCGCCGUCUCUACCAGAUAGGCCACCACCGCAUCCUCCUAGCCAUCCCUCUUAAGCAUCAGCAGAUCUACGGCGACCGGUCGAACCAGCGUAGCGGCCCUCCCUAGCCAUGGUGUUCGUGUCCAUGCAACAGAGCUUGUAAUGUCCCCAACACCACUUCUAGUCACUCAAGCCACUGUACCAGUUAACCCGAAGCCUUUCCUGAACAACCUGACAGGGAAGUCUGUUAUUGUCAAACUGAAGUGGGGUAUGGAGUACAAAGGGUACCUUGUUUCUGUGGACUCUUACAUGAAUCUGCAGCUUGCUGAUACAGAGGAGUAUAUUGAUGGACAAUUCUCUGGAAACCUUGGAGAUAUACUGAUAAGGUGCAACAAUGUUAUGUAUAUGCGUGGCGUUCCAGAGGAUACCGAGAUAGAGGAUGCAGCGUGAGAAGACAUGGACCGCUGUCACGCGUAGAUAUCUGACAUGAACGUGCCAAUCUAGUCCCGUUUCAGAUGUUGUCUCUCCAUUGAUGCAGGAUGUACGAUUUACCUGCUCCCAUGCUAUCUACAUGUUUGGUUGUAGUGGUGACCAGAUUUUUCAGUUUUCAAUCGUCUGGAUGGUGCUAUCGUCCUUGCUGAGUGUUAGAAGUACUGAAUUUCUUCAGCAAUUCUAUUUUGGCAUGCCUGGUUUUGGAAACUA